AUGGCCAGAGGAAGAUUCAUGGUUAAAGACAUGCCAGGCGGCUGUUUCUGUAAAGACUUGGAUAUUGACUACAUUUCUCAGUACAACUUUACAUGCACCAGGUGUACAGAUAAUUUACCAGCUACCACCAUUAAGCGACUAAGCUUCAAGAGGAGGCCCAGAGGAGCCUCAGAUAACACAGAAGAAUCUCCCAAUGUUGCUUCACCCAGUCAGUGGCAUUCGGCAGAAUCUCUCCUGUCAAACAAAGAUGCCACAAGAGAAGUGGCUACAUCUCGUUCAACACGGGGGCGUCCUCCUCUUCCUCCUCCUCAUACUUCUGCCACUGAUAAAAAAACAUCACGUAAUAAUACUGAAGUGCCCAAUAUUGAAGGAACACAGUGUAUGGAGGAAAAAAACACUCUGGAAAUGCAAGAAGUCAUCAGCCCAGCUCCACCUCAGCCUCUUCCCCGACGAAGACUGGCAAGCUUUGGAGGACUAAGUUGCCCUGAAUCCUCUUCUCUCUUUACUGGCCUAGGUGCUUAUAGUCAAUUUAAGGAUGGGCACCAGCCAGGAGCAACGGGAAAUCUCCCUGCUUAUAUAGGCUCUUCUGUGGGCAGCACUCAGUCUCUCAAAGUGAGCCCACAGAGCUCAGGGAGAAGCACCCCAGUAACAGGGCUGGGCUCUGUGCAGCUGCAGAAUGUUCGUGAGCAGAUGGUAGUGGCAUUACAGAAGCUGAAGGAGCUGGAAGAACAGGUCAAAAUCAUCCCUGUUUUAGAGUUAAAGAUUUCAGUUCUUCAAGAAGACAAGAGGCAACUUUUAUAUGAGCUCAAGAAACAUAGAGAUGAAGAUACCAGCGCUGUUUGGAAAAUGGCCUAUAGUCAAGAAAGGUUUGACAUUUCAACACAGUAUUUUGAUGACUCAGUGCAUAAGGAGAACAUUAAAUUAACAGAGUGUAAGGAAUCUGAAAAGGUACAGUCAGUGGAGCAACAACACAAGUCUGGUCUUUUUCAUACACGGCAAAAAACAAGGUCUGUAGCAACUGGUACUGACAAAGAAAGGGAUUUUGUAUGUUGUGAGCAUCAUUGCCAAAGUAAAGGAAAACAGAUGAGGUCCAUCGCAAUUGAAGUUACUGAAAACAGCCUCGGAAUUAACUCAGAAAAAGAUGACGAGAUUUUAGCCCAACAAGAAAUUAUUUAUUCUUUAAAAGAGAAAAUUGGUUAUUUAGAAACCGAGCUCAAAGAAUCCACUCUUCAAAUAGAAAUGCACCGAUUAAAAUUAGAACUCCAAGCAGCAGAAGAAAGAAAUAAUAAUAAGAAAAUGGACAAAGCUUCCAGUGCUUCACCGUCUACAGUGAACACAAGUACAGAGGCCAGACCGUCCACGAAAAGCCAAGCAGUGGGGAAUCAUGUGACUGUUUGCGAUGCUAGCACAGGGGAAGUGACAGAAGUGAAAAACGUUGGAAUAUCGUGCUGCAGGAUGAUGCUGCAAAGCGUACGUCCUGGACCAACCGUUCAGUGGGUGGUCAGAGAAAUGGUGGCCACAGCAGAUAAGAAUACGGGAGUCCAGAUUUUGACAACAUCACAAGGAGUUGGGACGUGUAUAAAGCUUUGUGAUACAGGAACCAACACAGACAGUGGGGUGGCUGCAGUUAAUGUGAAUUUUUCUAGAGAUCAUUGCAUCGACCAGGGCAUCAUGGCUUCCACCGAAACAGCUUCUCAGCAUACUAACACGGUGCGCACUUUAGUAUCCCGCUUUACAAACACAAAACAAGCGUUCAACACAGACUCCAUCACUAACACUGUAAUCAAAAGCCAGGACAAGCAUACAAAUACUCCUGCAACAAUCACAAGGACAGUAUCUGUGGGGAGCAGGGUCCAAGACAUGCAGGCUCCUCUGCAGACUCGCACUAUCGGUGUGGGUACCGCUCAUUUGGUUGACGGUGAUGCAUUGCAGCCAAACUUAGCCGGCAAGGUAACACGAGAUGCUAGUGUGGGAUUUAUAAAUAUUAAUGAGAAUUUUCUGAUUGGAAUAAAAACACGGAAUAUGGCGUCUGGACCGUCACAUUUACCUGAUCCUUUAAAAACAAGGAGCGUUGGUGUUGGAGAGGGAAAAAUAUGGGAUUCCCCACCCAAAGAAAACAAAGAAGUUAAACCAAAUCAACCUUUAAAAGAUACUGAAUUGAAUUACUAUAUUGAGGAGAUGCAGAGGUUUCUCACAGAGCACAAAGACUUGCUCAAAGAAGAGAGGACGUGCGUUCCAAACCAACAUAAAUCCAGCCAGAGGAAUUCCAGCCCCACCCAGCUCUGCAAAAUCACUCAAGAAAAGAAUGACGGGGCUGCUUUGGAUACAUCAGAGUCAACACGCAGAGAAUCCCAAGAGAUGUGUCCAGAUGAUGACACUUGCACCGGUGCUAAACCAAAUGAGGUCAAAAGAAUGAUACAAAUGUUGGAGCAGCAGACAUCAUCGACUCUGAAAGACAAGGCAACUAACCCAUGGUCUGUAUGUAAGAAGAAAAGCAGUGACCAAAGUUGCAGUACCUCCAGAAAGAACAUGCGGCUGAUGGGGGUGGCCACAGGACUGGAGCCAGUUUCAUCAAAUAUUACCAGUGACACAGGGACAGCUAUGGAAAAAAUACAGACAAACAAAGCUGCAAUUAUAAAGACCAAUAAUGAAGGAUCAAAGGAAAAAAAAUACAACAAACAUUUCUCAAGCAAACGGCCCAAAGGAUCAGCUAAACCAUCUUUACAAGAAAGGUUUAAAUUAAGUGAAAAAAUGCUUUCUGCUUGCCAAAACCUAAAGAGGCACCUAUCUGAUGGGACAGAUAAAAGAACUAAGGAUUUUAAAGAUGCUAUUCAAACACUUAAACAAGAAUGGUUUAACAUAUCCUGCCAGAAGUCCACUGCCCCUCAUGCAGUGGACAUUUACCUCUCUACCUUUCAAGAUGUGUCACCAAUGGUGCUGCAGUAUGUGGUCAAUAUGGCCGACAGCAAUGGAAACACAGCUCUGCACUACUGUGUGUCAUACUCCAACUUUGGGGUUGUCAAGAAAUUACUUAACACAGAUGUAUGUAAUGUAAAUCAGCAGAAUAAAGCAGGUUACACUCCCAUCAUGUUGGCAGCUCUUGCAUCUGUGACUUCUCCUGAGCACAUGAGUGUGGUGAAGGAACUUUUCUCUAAAGGAGACGUGAACGCCAAGGCCAGUCAGGCCGGGCAAACAGCUCUGAUGCUCGCAGUGAGCAAUGGGAGUUUGGAAAUGGUACAAGCUCUUCUGGAGCAGGGGGCAGAGGUCAACCUGCAGGACGAUGAGGGCUCCACAGCAUUGAUGUGUGCCAGUGAACACGGCCAUGAAGAAAUACUGAAACUUCUGCUGCAGCAGCCCAACUGUGAUGCUACCCUUACAGACAGUGAUGAAAGCACAGCCUUGUCUAUUGCAUUGGAGGGAGGUCAUAAAGAGAUCGCGGUGCUUCUUUACGCACAUGCUAAUUUCUCCAAAGGAAACACUGGGACACCUGUUGGUCCCGGCCCACCUACAUCCCCCGGCAGAAAGAAAUGUAUUUGAAUAGAGAAAAUGUACAUGACACCUG